AUGUUGUAUGGCGGCUGGAAAGCCGAUCACUCUCAGUUGUUCUUCAUGUAAAAACAGUUACCCUGACCAAUAUAUGGAUAGUGAUCUCUACAGAAGUUAAAAUAAAUGCCUGAGAAAGAAGUUUUACUGCCAUUGGAGUUAUGGCGGGUUGUAUUAAAGCACCUUUCAGUGCAAGAUUUGUGUCGAUGUUCGCAAGUUUGCCAAGAAUGGAGAGAGCUUGUGAAAAGUUUAGAUUCCACCCGUUGGAAAGAACUUUUCUUGGCGUCCAAGCGUUGGAAACAUCCUAACUGGCCAAAUUACACUCAAAAAGAACCAUCUUCAUGGAAGGAUACAUAUAAGACUCAUUAUAUGGCUUCGAAACAAUGGGUGAACAGGAGUGUAGAAGUUCGCUGUGCUCCUUGCUUAUAUUUGUUUAGAAGAAGGCUCGAAAGACGACGUGUUCUCCGAGUAGGACGUGGAAGAGAAUUUCUGACCAUCAAAAGCGCAAUAGCAGCUGCAGCGCCUUUUGAUUGUUUACUUCUUAAUGCUGGUGUGUACGACGAACAGCAUGUACUGAGCGUAAAGUUUCCGAUCGAGAUUUGUGGUGAAGGACAACUAGGAGAUGUUCAUUUACAGAUUCCUAUUGAACAACAAGCUUCGACAACACGGAUUCAAAAUAUUAUUCUACAACCCGGUGUACAGAGAUCACAAAACCCCCUUCCUGUUAUUUUGAAGGUCAGUGAAAUUUAUUUAGAUCUAAAGAUAAUUUCCGCGACAUCAGAUAAUUCCAGCUUCGAAUGUCUAGUUUGAGCGGCCAAACCUACUCGGAAAUCGCAACUUUCUUCUUUGAACAUAUUUACUUAUCACCGUAUAUAUUUUAAAUCUCCAUUAUAAUAAGUUCAAGACCUCCCUAUGUUGUGCAGCCAAUGUAUUACUUAUCCCAAAAGCCUGUGUUCAUGUUCCCCUUGUACAUUUCCAGCUACAUUUUUCCUAAUAGUGUGAAGGAUAGACUUGCCAAUCUUUAUCUAAUACAUAAGUGAGAGCAUUAAAAUAAAGACUUAAAGCAGACCAUGAAAUUUCUUUGUGUUCGUGUAUUUUAUAUUUCUUAACUUGAUAGGCAGGCUACCAAUUUGGAAAAUACAAACAAAAACAUGACACGUCUCAAUUCUGACAAUUUUUCAUUUGGAGCAACAAGGGAAUGGAAAAUGUCUUUUUAAUGUGUUAGUUCCAAUUCAGAUAUGUCUUUACCAUGUGUCAAAUCUUAAUUUUUGCCACGCUUUGUAAAUUUUAUCGAUAUUUUAAAUUUUGCCUAUUAGGAAUUUUGAAUGUUGCCAUGCCAGUUGAUGAGUGUAAGAAAACUGAAAAGCUUGUUUUAUUAACUGUCCUCUAGAUCAAAUAUGCCACUGAAAAAAGAACAUUGAAAAUUUUAACCAAUUGUUGUUAUUGCCAUUGGUUGUGAUGUUUCAAAUUUCAAAACAUUUGUCACUGUGCAGAUGAAAUUUAGCAGAGAUGUAUGAAAUUGAAUGUUCACAAAAUAAUCCAACCCACUGCUUGUGAUAAUUUUGAAACAACAUGAUAAUGUUUUGCCAAAGGCUAAAAUAAUGAUUAUAAUUCCAUCAAUCCUCUCAGUGACAAUAGUGUGCAUUUACACGGCAGGAAAUGUGUGGGGUACUUCAAUAAAACUGUGUUUGAAAAGGAAAAACUUUAUUGAAAAAGGGUUGAAAUUUUUUUCCAUUAUCAAGUUCUUCAACAGUAGAGAACAUUUGAUUGAUUCUAGAGCUGAUCAAUCACCAUUAUAGGCCUUAAAGCCAACACAGCAACAAAAGGUGGGAUUAUUAUUAAAGUUUUCUUCUUUCAAAAAAAAUAUAAAAAUUUCGUAUUUGGGAUUCUUAUCUUUAACAUUGUCUAUUGAUUUUUUUUUUUCUGUAUUGAAAACAAUAACCUUUUACACAGCUAAAGGUCCUGCUACCUUAGUGUUUGUAUGUUACACCAAUCAGACUGGGGCUGUUGUCAAAAGCCACUUGAACAGGGUGAUUCUUAUUCAAAUGUUCAGUUUUGUCUUUGUCAUUGUUUAUGUGACCUUACAUAUUGAAUAAACAUGUCAGUUUCUCCUUUACCUUGGGCUAGUGAUAUUUCAAGGAAAAUGGUAAUUUUCUGGGCAAAGGUCAAAUUGAUAGAAGUAAUUUGAUAUCCAUGGGUUAAGCUUCUUGCCAUCAGGUUGGAAAUGAGUUUAUCUUUUCCUUAAGUGGAUAAUAGCAUUUGAUCCACCAAAACAAUUUUACUGUGUCUUCAAAAUUUUAGGUUGGAACUGGACAUGUUCAAUUGGAUAAUUGUGUUUUGGAACAUGGUCAGGUUCAAGUGUCAUCACCUGGAAGCAUUGUCAUCCGUUACUGUACAUUCAAUAAUGCUUUUGUUACACUGCGCUCUGUUGGCUACAGCAGAAUUGAGAAUUGCAAGUUUAGCACAGAGGAAACCUCUGCUGUCAUUAUUGAAGGACUGCCACCAAUUUCAAGACCUAGGCCGAUAUCCAGACCUGUUGAUGACUGGAUGGUGUCCAAUGGUAUCGACUCUCUUGGUCUUGAAGACUUGUAUGACCUGUCAGUUGUUGAUGGGGAGGUGGGGGCACGUAGUGGUCUAAAAGCAAUUCCUGACAAAGGUUUACAGCCACUAAAUAGCAAAUGUCCUCCAGUUGUUACAAAGAGGAUUGACAGUCAGUCUAAAGGUUUCAAUAGCAGCCAAUUGACUGCUCUGACUGGUGACACCUGCCAAUCCAGAAAUCCCCAAAGUGUCGGCUGUGAUUCCUGUCCAAGGCGAUACUACUUGGAUACACAAUGCCGUGACAUUGUGAGGUCCAUACAUGGUUGUAUUAUUAGAAAUAACUGCUUUUGUGUUGGCAAGGGAGCAGUACUUGUCAGACGCAGGGGACAUGCCUGGAUUGAAGGAAAUGAAAUUGGCCGUUUGUCACAUGGUGUGAGAUGUCUUACAGGUGCAAAAGUCAUCAUUUUGAACAACAGAAUUCACAAUUGUGGAACAUCUGGGAUAUUUUUUAGGGAGAGAUCCACUGGUUUAGUUGCUGGAAACCACAUUUAUGGAAACAAAGAAGCUGGAGCAGACAUACGAAGUGGCUCAGAUCCAAUUUUACAACACAAUCAUAUUCACAGUGGGAAACGAUCUGGAGUGGUCAUCUUAGAUCGUGGCAAAGGUGUCAUAAGGGACAAUGACAUUUAUGACAAUAAAGAGGCAGGAGUCUAUAUUCUUUAUAGAGGAAAUCCCAUUGUCAAGUAUGUCAUCAUCACAGUUUGUGUGCUUAUAGCAAAAUGCAUUAUCAUGUUAACAUAGUGAAUCAUGAUAAUCUGAUGCCCUUUUGGAUUACUUUGCAGGCACAACAGAAUUUGGGCAGGCCGUGCAGCAGGUGUGGCAGUCACAGAAGAAGGAAGAGGUCACAUCCUCUACAAUGACAUCUGUGGCAUGGAGUGGGGAGGUGUUGAUAUUCGUAAUGGUGGUAACCCUGUGGUCACAAACAACUGGAUCAGGGAUGGGCAUGCUGAUGGCAUUGUCAUUGGAGAGGGUGGUAAGGGAGUCAUCAUGGAUAAUGAUAUUCGAGGUAAGGUACUUUUAGUAAAUGUCCUCGAAGUAAACAUUAAAUUUGUUUCUUGGUUGUUUUCUGUUCUUCAACUUGUGAAAUCCCUUCCUCCCUCAAGCUUGAAAACUGUGCCCAUUUGGGCCAAACAUCUUGUGAAGCUUGAUAAUUCUCUUGAUAUGAUUCAUGGGUUUACUUCUGUGUAAGAUCCUGUGGAUAUUUUUUCAUCAAUAUUUAUUUCAGUCUGUUACUAUGCAAGGCUCUCUUGAUUAGACUUCUUUGAUGAAAGUGACAAGUUCUUACCAGUAUUUGAAGGAUGAGCUAAAUUUGUUUUUUAUGUAUGAUACUUUUAUUAGUAAUGUUUAGGAGCAAAUUGUGAUUUGCAUCCUCUGUAUGAACUAAAAAAUACCUGUCAAAUUUUCUCACCAAUGGUAAUGUAUCUCUUUACAAUGUACAGGCAACAGUGGUUGUGGGGUCUGGAUCUUAACUGUGUCUAAACCACUCAUCUAUGGAAAUCGUAUUGUGGACUGCGGUGACAGUGGAGUGGCACUUGUCAGUAACAGUGAUCUUCACCAUGACAACCAACAACUCAGCUCACAAUUUGCACAGUCAGAGCAAGAGGUGAGAUGUAAAGGGAAAUUACCUAGUUGCUCAAACACAGGAGUUAUAUUAUUGGAAGGCAAUUGUAACAAAAUUGACAUCAUAUCUUCUCAAAUUAAGAUAUGCUGCAGGGCCAUGGGGUAGGUUGUUAUAUGAAUUUGUCAGUUGGUUCCCUGCCUGAAGAAAAAGAGAACCAAUUCUCUCUUUUCAAAUGACCUCAUGACUAUCCUUGAGGAACUGGUUAGUCAGAAUUCUUUGUUGGUCAGUAAGUCAGUCAGUUUGAAGGCUGGUCCAUCAGCUCACAUGAUAUUUUUAGCCAAGACUUGCUGAAGGAUAACAUUGUUUUCCAGGAACAGCAAGUUCAGCCUCUGUUCUUUGAUGAAGAUUUGUCAUCUACAUCAAACUUUGAGGACCAUGAGCAAUCAAUUGACAUGAACGGUUAGUAAACUAAACAACUUCAGUGGAGAUGAGUUUCAUUUUGAUGCACUGAUUAGGUGCCUUUUAAACUCACAUUGCCAACUUGUGGCAAUCUAAGGUGUGGCUGUCACCUCUGUAUCAUGGAUUAAUUUGUAAUUAAAGAAUUUUCCUCUCUCUUGCAAAAGGUUACCUUUUUGAUAAGGCUUCAAAAAAUAAACUUGCUUCUAGGUCUUUUAUGAUGAAAGGAUGACUGGUUUUAAGUUAAUCCCAAAUUUUAGUUUCAUGAUGUAUUUGAUGAAAUUAUGAUUUCGUUACACAAUACCGCUGACGUGUAUUGGAGCACCUCCACGCGUGUCAAAUGCUUGUAAUGCGUGGGAAUCACACGCGCUUCAGUGCAUGUAGUCAUGCGCGUGCAAAAGAAAAAGUACAUAGAGUGUACGCAAAUGCGUGGAAUUUAAUUCGUGUGUUCCCGAUCAUUAGAAGACAAGGAGAAACACAAUGCCUGCACACCAGCACUCUUGUCAACUGUUGUAAUAGUUUCUACAUCACCGAGAUGUAAUGUCUUUUUUUAAAAUGAUCUUCUUAUGAUUUCUGGUCUUUGUUGACUGAACAAUUUUUUUUAAUUUUACCAGGUCCUCGACCAGAUAAAAAUUUCGCGUGCGUUGAUAAUAACACAAUCUUUGACAAUGCAGGACAUGGGAUCCAUUUUUCCGGAAGUGAGGGUCUGCUCAUCCGGGGUAAUAACGUUUAUAACAACGAAGGUUGCGGUAUUAGCAUCGCCAAGCCAGCGGAGAUUACCAUUCAAGAUAACAGUGUUUGUAGGAACAACAGCUCAGGUGUCUGCAUUGAAAUUGGCUGUGCUGCCAAUGUCAGCGGUAAUGGUAUCUAUGGAAACCGAAAGCAUGGUAUUAUUGUGUCUGGUAAAGGUCUAAUUAAAGAAAAUGACGUGUUUUGUAAUGCAAUGAGUGGUGUUGAACUCCGAGGACCAGGGGACCCUUACAUUACUCGAAACCGCAUCCAAUCCACGGAUAACUAUGGGGUGAAUAUUCUGGAAAAUGCGCGUGGGUACGUGGACAGCAAUGAUAUCUAUCAGUGCACUUCGCCAGGAAUAUAUCAACACCCAGACAGCACAGUGCUGGUUAUAAAUAACCGUAUUAUUCCAGUUAAUAAUGGCCGUCAAGUCUGUGUUUUUAACCAAGAUACCAAUGAAUGUAGUCAUAACCCCGAGGGACUUGAACUGGAUUCACCUCCUCGCCCCUUGUUGCCUAAUAAGGAGAACAAAUUUCCCAGGCCUCCCGUGUCUCGUUUGUCAAUGUCAUCCUCUGGAAAUGGUCAUAUAGUGGCUGGGAUGGCCUCGUGUCAUGGACGGAGCCGGUUUUGUGUCAUUUCUUGAUGAACAUUUUCCCUCGGGGGAAUAGAACGUACGUAAGAUUUUCCGCAACAAGCCAUAGUAUAUUGUAUAAAAUCUAGUGUAUUGUUUAUACUAGAUUGUAGGUAGUAUAUUUUCUAGAAAAAAUAUCAUAGUAGCUAAUUUAGUUGUUGUUCCGUGAACGUAUAGACUGGUUUACAGCUUAGGUAGGGAACCUCGAUCAUAAUAGAAAUUCCUCGUCGACUCAUCGUACCUUCCUCUUACAAGACUUUCGGUGAUCUUCGCCACCUCCUGCACAUUCAUUCACUGAGUGUAUUAUAACUGAUAAAUUGUUAAGUUAACUUUAAUAGACAGUUGUCUCUACUUUUCUUAUGUGUGAAGCUUUUCAAUCAAUUAUGUUAACUUCGACAACGCAGUUUAUCCCCUGUGCUUCUCAUAAGGCUUUACAAGUAAAAAAUAAAUGAUGGAGUAAUAAAUAUUAUUGAGGAGUAAGAAUAAAUAAAAUCUUGCUUGUAAACAACGUAAAGGUGGC